AAAGCAUCCAGCUUCCUCAUGCUGCAGCACUUAGUCAAAGAGAGCGAGGUGAGCAGUAUCUCUCAAGGUGCUCCACAGGUGUGGUGUCACAAUGCAUAAGAGCCAGAAGAACACAGGCGGAAAUGCAGUGUUUUACAAAUCAAUCAAACUUACGACGGAAAUAAGAUCUGGAUACCUGUUCAAGUCUCCUCCCCAAAAACGGUUGAAGACAGAGAAAUCAUGGAAGAAGCGGUAUUUUGUGCUGUUCAAAAUCAGUGAGCAAGAGCACCUACUGAAGUACUUCAGGAGUCCCGAGGAAAAGGACAGGCCCCUUGGAGGAAUUGACUUAUCGCAUAUCUCACUGUUGUAUGUGAGCCCUGAAAACCACCAGAGAUGGAGUUGGGUCCAGAAGAGCCUCAAGUGCUCCCCAUCCUGUGUGCUCUACAUCAGGGCGGCUGAGCGGGACUACUUCCUCGUCGGGAUGAAAAGUGAGGAAGUGGACGGCUGGUUCAGCGACCUGUUUGAAGUCUUGAAAAACCGGCCACAUACAUGUCUGAGUUCACAGGAAAUAUCUAAUGGGCAGUCAACAAUCGAGGUUAUUUCAAACCCCAUUUUGCGGAAAAAGAAAUCUGCAGCUGUGCUUUUUGAGGCACAGUUGAAACUUCGGUCGAUGUCUGAUCCGUCCUCGAAUGCUUGGGGUACCGACUCUGAAAAGCAGGAUGAUGUCAAAAGACGAGCAUCAGAGCCUGUGAAUCCAAUCUAUAACUAUCCGAGAGCCUACUUGACACAAUCACGAAGGGAAACGUUGACGGUCCGUCGCAAAAGCGUGGACUCAGUAUAUGAAUCAAUGAUGGAACUUAGACAUAGAGCACAGAUGACAAAUGCAGCGGACCGUGAAGUCGAGGAGGUUACCACAGGCACCCUGAUGAGGUCCGUCACUGAAGUGUUUGACAAGCUGAGGACACAUAUUUCCCCACUGCCUUCAUUCGAUGAGGAGACAGCAGCUGAGGAAAGAGAAGGAAAGCGUCUGACGUCAGACUUCAGCAGCAGCUCCAGUGAGAACGGUGCCAUCUCUCCUGUGGAGAUGCUGGAGGGACAAAAUGGGCAGACACUGGAGAAACACAGCUCUACUGAAAGUCUUGACACCCUCACUCCAGGAGAGAAAGAUCUUCGAGUCAAGCAGGCAGAUUUGAAAAAAUACCUUACACUAACAGAAGUGGAUGGGAAACCAAGUGUGUCUGGGUGGACAGGCCAGCCACAGACGGUGUGCCUGUUUCACAAAGGAGACCAAAUUCUGGCCGUCAAUGACCUGCACACCGGCAGCGUGGAGAUGUUCAACAUCUAUAUCAGCGAGUGUCUCAAAAAUGAGGUGAAAGUGACCAUCCUGCGUCCACCUGGAGGUCAGCCUCUGCAUUCCCCAAGCUGUCCCUGCAGUGACUGACCGUUACAUUUGAGACGGUUAUUUUCACAUUAUGUUGGUUUGCAUCCUGCCAUGACCACUUUAGAUAAUUGAUAGUAUUUUCCCAGGGCUGUGGGUAGUUCUUAUAGAUCUGUCACUCUACUAGUUUACUCGAUUUAAACGUACUAGAGCAGCUUUACGUGAUUAUUUAAUGAUUGUAUAAUCUCAGUUGCUACGACUUGCAUUAUGUGUAAAAAGAUUAAAUGCAUCUUCAUAUGCCAAGCGCUUGGUGUGCAAACUGUUUUAA